CGGCUGUUGUUGCAAAAGAAUUCAGGCGCUGUUGCUAAAACUGUUGCCAAACCGACGUCGGUGACGCGUGACCGAUUCGCGGCGAACGUCAGCUUGCGAAGCUGUUUUGCACGCACCUCCAUCCUCCUCCACCUACAUACACACUCACUCUGAAUAUCCGUAUCGUCACGCGUUGCACCUCUCUGAUUUGGCCUGUCUUUGCGUGCUGCCAUUUGUACGGUGUCUGUCUGAUUCUUCGACUGGUAUCCGCGAUCUCGUGGUGUCCUACAAGAGUUGUAUGACGGUAUCUGUAUGAUUGGAGGCCCUCCAGCGUCCGAACCUGAGCACUGUCUCGCCACCUCCUCUUGCUUCAAUCUUAAGCGUUCAUCCAAUUAAAUUCCCGAGUCAGGGCUGCUCUCUGUCGACAGAAGCCCGGGUGGGAGGGUCAUCUGACACGUCUUGUGUCGGGGCAUUCUCUUCAAAAUUGAUUUUCAACUUGCAGUACAUAUCCAAAUACAAGCAUGUAUCCAUCUCCGUCAUCUGUCGCGUUUGAGUCUGGGCGUGAGCCUGUGUGGUACCUCAAGGAGCGUGUCGUUCUGACCUGGCAUGAUCAUGAUAACAAUCGAGCGUUGCACCUCGGAGAGCCGUCUCCUCUCAACAAGGACGCAAGCCUGGUACUUUGGCUCGGACUCGAUCAAGCUGACAACCGAGCUGCUGCCAUGUUGCAACUCACAGUCACGCACUACGUGAAAGGAAAGAGAAAGAGAUUCGACCUGUUUUCGAUCCCUACAGGCUUACAGCUUAUCGACGAUGAGCUGCCUAUUCUUGGUCUAGACGAGAUACCUUCCGAUAUCUCUUACAUGUUUGGUAACGUCGAAGGCUGUUCCAAAUCCCGCUUCUUGCGACUAUCGCUAUGCAAGAAUAUCGCAAGUUUAAGUCUGAUGCCCAUCCGCAACUCCACACGAGCUGUGCAAGGAGCAGCAGAACAUGUUAUGCUCUCAGCACAAGCUUUCGCCGAGUCGGCUAGAGGCUUUGAAGUUUACAUGGGCUACAGCACAUACGCACACCAAGCCUUGACGCGAGAGAUGCAUGCUCUCGAGUCCAGAUACACAGUUCCAUCCUUCAACCUCGAAUCCUCAUACAGCCACAACGGUGGUGCUUUCAAUCUCUGGGAUGAUUACCUGGAUACGAAGUCUACUCGCACAGCAACCAACGCCGAUGCCGACCUGGAACAUCGCCACGCCCACAGGAGGAAAAGAGCAAGGCAUCAUCAAGGAGAAACGGGUCCAGACGGAGAUGACCAGUGUUCACAAACCAAGGGUCAGGGACCGCGGACUACAGAGGCCGACGCGCCACCAGCGUACUCCAAAGCAUGCGAACCCGUUCAGGUGCCCGCAAGCGACUGCGCGCCUUCUCCACGUUCAACCAAAUGCAGGGAUGGCGACUCAGUCGUGCCAUUGACACCUCUUGCCCAAGGUUCAUGCACGACCACCAGCUUUCAGUUGGACCCACUCGAUACUCCUGAGUCGCUUCGGCUUGGGCCCCCUUUUUCUCCACGCGUCACCCCCCCACAACGUCCACUACCACUCGACGAUCAACUCAUCCCACUCAUGAACGGUCGCUCAGAUAUUAACAGCACAUUGCACAAGGCUUUUGCGACGUGGCUGCUCAACAUGGGAAAGUUACGUCCGUACAUUCAUGAAGAUCCUGACCUUUAUACAAUGUUAGUAGCCUAUGGGCUCGCAGUGCAGAGGGAAGACAUAACUCGAUUCCCGAACAUCAAGGCGCGAGCCACGUCGCUAGUCUUGAAGGCACACGUUACAUGUAUAGCCGAGCCUCGUGAUUGGGCCAUACCGGCAGAGAAGCUGGUGCAGAAAUUGGUAAGGUGGAUGUGUGGCCUCGUCCUUCAUGCUGACGAAGAGCUGAUUAACGACCUCUUGCUUCUGACACAAAUGGCUAUCGGUCUAACCCGACACGAUGAUCCCUCGGCAGUCGCCCUCGCGAGACGAGAAGAGUACCUGCUUCAAGAAGCCACCUGUGUCGCAAACUUCUUCGUGACUUACGCUCAACCUCUAUCUCGACAUUUGGAAAUAUAGAUAGCGCCUACCACAUAUGAUAGAAAAUACGAUACAAACGUCCAUCCGCGAAUGCAAAGACUCCGC